AUGCCCCAGAAUAUCAGCCACGAAUCAUCCGAAGAGUCAAGUCUCCUGCCCAACCUCUUCGACAAGAGACAGCGCGAAGAGGAUGGGAACGGAGGCCUCUUGUGCAGGAAUGGCCCUUGCCCCGACGGAAGUUGCUGCGGCCCUGCGGGAGUAUGUGGUUACGGUGAAGACUUUUGUGGUGUCGUCUGCACCAGCAACUGUGAUGCCGUAGCCAUGUGUGGCAACUUCUCCGAAGGAGGAAACACAAAGUGCGGCAUGAACCUGUGCUGUAGUUGGGGUGGAUGGUGUGGAACAUCUGAGGUUCACUGCAUCGGGCCAAACAAGUUCACACCGUGCCAGGAAGACUUUGGCUCUUGCGAGAUCAUCCGACCAAAGACAUGUGGUGAGGGCUCUGGAUCGACCAAAGGCCGGACCAUUGGUUAUUACCUGGCCUCCAAUAGCAGAGACCGUCUGUGCAACCGCGUAUUUCCCAAGGAUAUCAAUGCUGAGGAUUAUACCCAUCUCUUCUUCUCCUUUGCUUCCAUCGACCCUAAUACCUUCAGGAUCCGGCCCUGGGAUGACGCCGACAUCCCGCUCAUGGAAGAUUUUACGGCUCUCAACACAAACACUUGGAUCGCCGUUGGCGGCUACACGUUCAGCGACAACGGUACCACACACACGACUUGGAGUGACUUAUGUUCCACCGCUGAGAACAGGGCCGCCUUUAUUCAAUCGACUGCCGACUUCAUGGACAAGUACGGCUUCACGGGAGUCGAUCUGGACUGGGAGUACCCCGUGGAGCCGAAGCGAGGAGGCUCCAAGGGAGACACUGAAAACUUCACAAAGCUCGUCAGGGAGAUGAGAGAGGCCUACGGAAACAAGUACGGCAUCAGUUUGACUCUUGCACCAGACUAUUGGUAUCUUCGAUACUUUGACGCAGAGGGCAUGCAGCCAUAUGUCGACUUCUUCGGCUUCAUGGCUUAUGAUUUGCAUGGAUCUUGGGAUUCGGACGUCCUGACUUUGGGAUCUCUGGUCCGCGGCCAGGCAGAUGUGCGCGAGAUUUACAAUGAUCCCAGUUGCAACACACUCGGGUGUCCCUUUGCAGGCCCCAGCAAGCGGGCCGAGUGCACUGGCCAGGACGGAGUCAUGUCACUGCUUGAGAUCAAGAAGCUUAUCAAGGAAAAGAACCUUACGCCGCGCCUCAACACCGACUCGAUGAUGAAGGAGCUCAUCUGGGACGACCAGUGGAUCGGCUACGACGAUGAGGAGACACAUGAGAUGAAGCGCAAUUUUGCCAACAACCUAUGCUUCGGAGGCACUAUGGCAUGGUCCGUCGACUUCAACUCGGGCACUGGUGACGGUGACAGCGCCCCAAUUUCUACCGAUGGACGAUGCGGUCCCGAGAAUGGCGGCUUCAAGUGCGAGGGUAGUACAUUUGGUAACUGCUGCUCCUCGUAUGGUUACUGUGGAAGUGGCGAGACACACUGCGGGUCCGGCUGCCAGAGUGGAAAGUGUUUGACGGGACAGGAAACGACCGACGGAACCUGCGGCGCUUCGGCACACGGCUCCUUUUGUGGUCUCUGGCCCCAGGGCAGCUGUUGUUCGUCCUCGGGCUACUGCGGUGAUUCUGAGGGCCACUGUGGUAAGGGUUGUCAGAGCGGCGCCUGUCUCGAGGAGCCGUCAAACGGCAAGGGUUCCGGGCCAGUUUACAUUGCACCCGAGGUUUAUGACGAUCCAAACCCGGUUGCGUCGUGUUUCCCGCCGUGCACACUCAUCAUGCCCCCAUGGUCCCUUGACAAGCCGACGACCAUCUCCCGCCCUCCUGUCACCGUUUCAUACCUCGCUUCUUGGGACAUGACCGUGGUGACGACCAGCACCGUCAUUACACUGCCCCCUGUCACCACGACCGUGGUCGAAGUAUGGAACGUGAUAUGGAUCAACGGUGAAGAUGAGAGUGGAAAGAGUCAGACGACAGUGGGUCUCACGUCAAGCGUCGACUUCCCGCCAGUCACACUCACCAGGACCAGGGCGGGACAGACACCCGUCACCUGGACAUACUCGCCUGGGUCCUGGCCUACCAUUGAUUCAAACGAUGAUAACCCUUUCCCCCCUCCACCUCCCCCGCCUCCAGGUAAGCCAUCGUCCAUCACUGCCAUCAGGGGCCCGCCAAAGCCGACCUGUAAGCCUGGACAACAGUGUGGAAGUCUCUGCAAGGCUAAUUGCGGCCGUGGAGAAGAUGAGAAUACCAGUGGAGGCGGCGGAGGUGGUGGAGGCGGUGGGCGUCCUUGCAUUGGCGUCUGCGGCUGCAUUGGUCCCAUCUGCAACACUCCCAAUCUCAACUGCGUUGGCCCGCUCUGCCCACCCGGCAGUAUUGGUGGAGGAGGAAGUGGCGGUGGCGGCGGCGGUGAUCCUGACGAUCCGGACGAAGAAGACGACGAGGAUGAGGAAUGCACCACGAGAACCGUCACCGACCGCUGGGUUUCUUGUGACGCUCAGCGCACGACACAAUGCAAGACUUACUCCACCUCGCUCGUCAGCGAAUGCUCACGUACGGGUACAGCAACGACUACCACAGGCGGAAGCUGCCCAUUACCUACCUAUGACCCUGAUCUACUGGACAUUCAUGAUCAGAUUCCAAUAGGCGUAAGCCACACGCAGGGAACAACCGUCUACAACGGACAGACCGUGACGACUUGGGGCUGGAACAUCAACCCAUUAGGCGGCACUAAGCCACCUAACGGAGGCAACAGCAACGGAGGACAGGCCACGCGUACCACUGCACCACCAAUUCUCCCAGGCGCGCCCACGCUUCCGCCAGUCAAUCCGCCUUAUAGCGGUAGCGAGUGCAGCUCGUACCUGCACACGACCAUGUGUAAUGGCUCUGGUGGCGACAAGGCUUGUGUGACUCAAGAUCUCUGCGUCCCGACCAAGCCCUGCUACUCCACGUACUCUGCAAGAGGUACCCCUGCUUGUUCGGGCGAGUAUUCCAUCUGCCUGAGCACCACUGUCUUUACCAGAUGUGGGCUGGUAGGUGGCGUCGCUGCUCGUGCUGACGCUACUGCGGCUCCUUCGCCGAUAGGUGAAGGAAGUACCACAGCAGUCCUGUCAGUUCCUACAUCUGAACCCUACCAGCUGUCGGUACCGACCACAUCGACGCCAUCGUCGCAUCCUUCGUUCCCGACACAUCCCCAUCAUGGCCAUCCACAUCAUCACCACCAAAGGUCGGCUGGUAACGAAUUACGCGAGCUGGAGGUUUCAGUUCCAAACGCCCAGCAGAACCUCAGCAACGCCGCGAUGGGCGACUUGAGCCUCAUCUCUGCUCGUCAGAACAAUGAUUGUGGCGGUAGCGCCCAUGGGGGAUGCGACUACAUCCGCUUCUGCGCUUCAGGCAUGUGCGCCCAAACCGAAGAUGUUCCUUGCCUUCAAGCGCAUAUCAAAGCCCAUUUUGGCGUAACUUCCGGUAUCGACCUUGAAGCCACGAUCACGGAAGACGGUGUCCUCAAGUGCACAGCCACGCGUCAUUGCCCACUACUAUGGGACGACGACUGCGGCGGCGUCGACACCUUCGAAUGCGGCGACGACGGCAGUACGAUGAGUUUCAAGUACAACUUCGUCCGAUACUACAGUGGGAAGUACGAUCGAAAUUAUCCCCUGUACCUCGAACAAACUGUGAAUGAGCGGCUCGUUUUUUGCAUUCCCUACAAAGAAGUCCCGCCCCAAAGCCCAAAGCCAAAGUGUCUCUAUUUCUCUCUCUCUCCCAACCAGGCGCCCGAUAUAUACACACACAAAGUUCUCAUCAAACGCCACCGCAUCAUGCCACACACAUAA